UACAGUUAGGUAACAAGGAUUUCUGUCUUUUUGUUUUUUUGGUUCCAUGGGUUAAUUAUUUGAUCACCAAAUAGGAAAAUGUGACAGAGAAAGAUAACAUAAAGAUAUUCCUUCUAUAGUAGAACUCAGUGAAGUAACUGAUUGGUGAAUAGAGGAGCUGACCCACUUGCAAUUAACAAAAUUAUUUACUUCCUACUAGUGAUUCUCCUCAAUUAUAUAGAAAAGUGUUGAGUUUUCGCUUCAUACCAACGUUUUGCUUUUCUCAGUUUCUUUUUGAGACAAGCCUAUUAGUGACUUGGAAAAGUUACUGCCUUUUAGCUUAAGAUUCUUCUCUUAGUACAAAGAAUCUUGUACUGAGAGUUCACUGAACCCCAACUAGAGAGAGUUCGGCUGCACCAUGGAAGCUGAGAAUAUUCUCAGAAUCAUAAGAAAAUUUGCACUGGCAGAGGUGUUUUUAUGGUUCUAGUGGCUAGCUGCUAUUGGAGGGUUUUUACAUUUGCUGCAAAUUUCUUGCUAUUACUCUGUUUUCCAUCUUGAGGGUAAAGGAAGAUUUUGCCAGAAGUUCAAGAAUUCUGUUUCAGAAAGAUUCUUUCUCUCAGGUUUAGAAGAGUUGGGCUGAAUUUUGUAGAGAAGAAUGAUGAUGUCUUUCAACACAUUGAAUUAUAAUUCGACAUGGACAUUAGCUCUUAUGAGCAGCCACCAUAGCCAUAGCAGAACAAGAAAAAGUCCAGCUCUGGCUACACCUCCUUCAUCUAUCAUCUCACAAACUGAAGAAAACAGAAAUCUAGCUAACUCAAAGGAAAAUACACCUUUAGAUACAGCUUCAAACAGUCGCGAUUCUGCUGUUUUACUCACCCAAGAAAAUACAGUAGGGAUCAUUGGGGGGCUAUCCAUUGGAACCACUCUCAAAUUUGUGAGCAAACUUGUCACGUGGAGUUCCAAAGAUGGAGGAAAUGGCCUUCCUUUUGUUCUCUGUUCCGAUCCGGUUCUUAACAAAGAGCUUUCAAUCCAUGAAAGGGGUUCUAGUUAUUUGCGCGCCUGUAAAAAUGAAAACUUAUUUAAAGAUCAUGCUCCGAUUGUUGAAAAUCUAAGGCACAAAAGGAUCUUUCUUGAGAAAUCUGGAGCUCGAUGCAUUGUCAUGCCCUGUCACAUAUCACAUUCUUGGCAUGAUAAGGUUGCACAAGGGUCUUCAGUUCCUGUCCUUCAUAUGGGUGAGUGCGUGGCCAAAGAGCUCAAGGAAGCAAAUUUGCGACCACUCGAAGCUGGGAGUACUCUGCGAAUUGGAGUUUUGGCUUCAGAUGCAACUUUGAGUGCUGGAGUUUAUCAGGAGAAACUUCAAAAUGAGGGUUUUGAAGUUGUGCUGCCAGAUAAGGCGACUAUGGAACACACAGUAAUCCCUGCGGUGGAAGCCUUAAGCAGGAAGGACAUUGAAGGGGCACAGAAUUUGUUCAGAAUCGCGCUACAAGUUCUUCUAGUGAGGGCAGUUAACACUAUCAUAAUUGCCUCAGAUGACAUGCGUGAUCUGUUACCUCCAGAUGAUCCUCUUCUGAAGAAAUGUUUCGACCCAAUGGAUGCCUUGGCUAGGUCAACUGUGGAAUUUGUUCAAUCAGUUGAAAGAAAUGCAUAGAGACACCCACAUAGGGUAGAGCUACAUGUCUGUUUACGAAUUCGGUAGGACACAGUAGCUUUGACCCAAACCCUGUAUUUGUGUUUAAAAUCCACUUAAUAUGAAUAAAUAAUUAUCCAGAACCUAGUAAGCUGCCUUUUGUAGAAUCCAGAACCCAUAAACUCAAAAUCAUAAUUCUGCCUCUACCCCAACAAACAUAUUACGCAUUAAAUUUUUUUCGGGGUGCUAUUGUAUUAAUAUAGUAUGUAAUGGUCAAAUCUUGGUAGCAUUUGUCUUU